CAAAACUCAGAAUAGCUGCCAUCUGUACAGCAGCUGUGACACUAACUCAGAAUUACUCGUUUUAUCACAGCGAAAUAUGUUUCUGAGGCUGCCCAGUGACCACGCGAGCUCGAGAAGUGACUCUGCCAUCUCCCCUCUGUCUAUGGGUGUGUGUGUGCUAACAUCAACUGCAGACUGAGUUUCAGAAUUUGAUUUGUCAUAAACCUUUGUAAACACAAAGGCACUGUCUGUCCAUUUGUGAGUGUACAUGUCAAUCUGUUUAAGGAUGUUAUUGUUAUCAUUUAUGUCUGUACACGUGCUACAUGGGGAGAGAUAAGAGUAGAGGAGCAGGAGGUUUUGGCUCAAUUGUUGUAGUUUUUGAAGAACUCGAUAUUCUGCGUGUUUAGGUUUUAAAAACCACGUGGUUGCCUACAUAAACUUUACUGUUUUCAGGGUUUCUUUCCCCAAUGACUGUCCUCACUUUUUCUUCAUAGCUUUUUUCUCUGAGGAUUUCAUGAAGUGUGUUGGUGUCGCGCUGCAGCGGGAUGUUUGCAGCUGGACAAAACUGUCCAUCUAUCCUGUACCUGACAACAAAGAGAGAAGAAAGCAGAAGUUUUAAUGUGACACAGAAAUUCUGUAUUUGCCAAAUGAGAAACAAACAUCUCAGAUCAUUUCAGACACGCUACAGGUUCUCUGAUACCUCUGUAUCUGUCACAUAUAUGUGUCCACAACUUUAGUGAUUAGGUCUGCUGCCGAGGUCCCCUCAUAACAGACAGCCAGCAGAUACUAGUUGUGUUUGUCUAGGUUAGUUAGGGUUAGCUAUCCAAAAGUUUGGUUAAACUUAAACUGAACCAAAUUCAAUAUAAAGCAUCUGUACCAGCCUGAGCUUCUGCCACUGCUGAUAAAACCAGAAGCUACUGACAGAUGUAUAACAGCCGGUCUUAGGGCAAAACAAACAGUCAGUGUGUUUGCGUUAAUGUGCACGAACUGUGAUUUUGUGUCAGUAAGCAUUUACAGUCGUGGUACUAAGAACAUAUAACACCUCCCUAAGGUUUUACAUAUCGGGAUGUAAAUGAAGUUAUCUGGUCCUCAGCAGGUCUUAUUCAAAUAUAGCCUCAGAUAAUCAAUACAUGACAUUUCACACAGUCACCAUCAUUGAACAGUAGCUAAGCCAACAUGCAGACACAGUCAGAAAAACUAAAUGACAGAAACAACCAGGGGCUGGACUCACUUUGUCACACUCUGCUUCUGCAUUUUGGCGUUUUGUUAAAUAAAUAAUGACUAACAUGACACACCAACAUGUAUUAUGUUGUUGUCCAGCUCAGGUUGUAUUUACUUAAUUUAAAGACCAUAUUUAUUUUAGUUCUGACAUGUGAGACUUUGCGUUUUAACCCAGUUACUUUUUUCUAAAAGUGACCUAAUGGUUUUUUAAUUUGUGAAGUAUGUUUUAGUUCAGAUAGUCGAAAAACUCUCCCACAAUGCAUAGCUGUGUAGCUGUUAAACUCCUCCUUCUUCCGGGUACUAACGCCGUCUCCACGUGAGAUACACUUCCAGUGCAGUAAUGUCAACAAACCCCACGGUUCCGAACGGCGCGGAGGACGAGGAGUUCCGAGUGUUCGUGGCUCUCCACAGCGCAGCGCUCCAGGCUUCAGCGAUCCCUCCGGUCUACUGGAGGAGCCUGCACCACAAGAUCACCAGCGAGAUUUAUGAUGCCGGGGAAGUUUUCGGAAUAAUGCAGUUCCAACAAGAAGAUGAAGAGGAGGAGGAGGGAGAUGAAGAAAACGGAGAGGAGAAGAAGAAGGACAAUCCUGGAGAUGAGAUCAGAUGUAAAGUGGUUGUAACCCGGGAGAGUGGUCUGCAAGCCUCGGAGCCGACCAGCGUUUUCCUGGUGGAUCACGCGUGGACGUACCGCGUGGAUCAUGCCCGGCAGCAGCUGGAACAGAUCCCAGGCCUGUUGCCCAGAAUGGCGGCCCUUAUGGGGCUGGACUUCCAUGGUGAGGUCCCCGACCCUGACACGGUGGAGCUGGUGAUGGAGCGCAUGUGGAAGUACAACCAGACUUAUCAGCUCUCUCAGGGGUCCCCAGAGGACAAGGUUCCCGUGUGGUACAUCAUGGAUGAGUUUGGCUCUCAGGUGCGGCACUCUGAUCAACCGACCUGCAGCAUGGCUCCUUUCUUCUCCGUGCAGGGCCAGUUAGCCUACACCGUGCUCUGGCCUCUGCAGGACCUGCACGAAGGAGAUGAAGUUACCCGUGACUACACAUAUGGAGAGUCAGACCCUCUGGUGCGGCAAUGCCGUCUGUUACCAUGGAUACCUAGUGAUCUAGAAGAGGUCAGCAGCGUCACAGCUGAGCCCCCGGACUCAUUCUUUGAGAACAUUGCUCGGGAAAACAAGGAGCAGCUUCCAGUGGAAAUACAGCCUUACACUGUUCCCAAGGACAAAGUCUACAAAGUUUACUCUGAAAUGUCACAAGUAACAAACAACCUUAGCCACCCUCGGUUCCAGCUGAUAGAGGAUGAGGACGAGGCAGAUAUCAUUUGGCGCUAUAAUCACAUCAAAGACUACAGCAAACUCAGUGUGGAGCGACCUCAUGUGUUGCUGAACCAGUUUCCCUGUGAGAACAUCAUCACUGUGAAGGACUGCCUGGCUGCUGUGGCUCGCAGGGUGAAAGGCAGCCCAGGACCCGACUGGUUACCGCAGACCUUCAACCUACAGACAGAGCUGCCACAAUUCAUCAAGCAUUACCAGCAACAAAGGGGAGAAGAUAACCACUGGAUCUGUAAGCCUUGGAAUUUAGCUCGUGGACUAGACACACACAUAACCAACAACCUGGAUUACAUCAUCAGGCAGCGAGAGAGUACACCAAAGGUGGUGUGUAAGUAUCUCGAAGAUCCCGUCCUGUUCAGCAGGGAGGAAGUGGGAAUGGUGAAGUUUGACAUUCGCUACAUGUUGAUGUUGCGUUCUGUGCAGCCUCUGCGUCUCUAUGCCUAUAAUGUCUUCUGGCUGCGCUUUGCCAACAGACCGUUCUCCUUGGAUCAUUUUGAUGAUUACCAAAAGCACUUCACUGUCAUGAACUAUGCCGAGGGGGUGGAGCUUAAGCAGGUGCACUAUGAUGAGUUCAUCCCAAUGUUUGAGGAGCAGUACCCACAGUAUCCAUGGAAAGAAGUGGAAGGAGAGUUAUUUAAAGCUUUCAAGGAGCUCUUUGAGGCAGCCACUUCUAGACCGGCACCAUAUGGUAUUUGUCCCUAUCCUUCAUCCCGGGCCAUCUAUGCUGUAGACCUCAUGCUAAAGUGGAGUAGAGGACAAAAUGGUGAACGUGUAAUACAACCUCAGAUCCUAGAGUUGAACUUCAGCCCAGACUGUGCCCGAGCCUGCCUCUACCACCCUGACUUCUACAACCACAUGUUUCAGACGCUGUUCCUGGAUCAGCCUGAGGAGUGCCCUGUCACACAAAUCAUGUGAUUAACCGAACAUGAUGGAGGAGUGUCUGUAGUUUAUGUUUUCAUGCUUCAAGUUGCUGAAAUCUUCCCCUUAUCCAUCUGUGCUGCAUCUGUGGAACUCCCUGUAUGCGAGAUAACAACUGUGCAUACUCUGCUGGUUGUGUGCUCGUAGAGUCGUAUAGAGGAACACCUCGUCAGUUCUGUGUUGCACAGUGAGAUUAAAAAUGGAUAAAUUUCAGUUUCUGUUGACGAUUUCUCUCGAUGUUCUCUCUCAGGCUUCUCAGAGAGUAUAAAUGUAAUCUCUUUAGUUUCACUGUUCAUUAAAGCCAUAUUGUACUCUUUCA